GAGCGGAGCUCUGACGUUCAUGCAAAACCAAGCAUAAAAGGGUCUGACGUUCAUGCGAACCCGGCAACAACUCUGGCGAUCAUAGUGAACCCGGCGAAAGCAACAACUCCGACAUUCACGCAAAACCCGACGCAGGCAAGAAGGAACAAGGACUUGACCGUCAUCUUCUGUCCGUGGGACAAACGAGCUAUGGCGGGACCGAAUUGCUUCACUCACCGUCAAUAA